GCUCCAGAGCUUCUUGGAUUGGGAAUUCUCAUCCUUGUUUCGUUUGAGAGGCAGACAUCACUGUUUAGAGAAAAUUCACAAUUGGAGACCGAUUCUGGAAUCCCAAGGCACAUUUUGAAACAAAGUUGGAUUUCUUUGUGAACUCUCUGAGCAGUUCCCAUAAGGGUCCUUCCCACACGCUGACUCCUGUGCGUAUUCUGAGCCUCAUUCAGACAUGGCCUUUCAGAGAACGGAGGGAAUGUCCAUCAUCCAGGCCUUGGCAAUGACAGUGGCAGAAAUCCCUGUGUUUCUUUACACGACAUUUGGGCAGUCUGUCUUCUCUCAGCUGAGACUCUCCCCAGGCCUGAGGAAGGUGCUGUUUGCUACAGCGCUUGGGACAGUUGCCUUAGCUCUUGCCGCACACCAGCUGAAGCGGCGUCGACGUCGAAAGAGACAGAUCACCCCAGAAAAGUGUGGCAUUAAGCCUGGAGGAGUCCCUGCCCCCUCUUUACCAACCAAGAAGGUCCCUUCGGUGAAAAAAGGAUACUCCAACAAGAGAGUACAAAGUCCUAGCAGCAAGAGCAAUGACACACUCAGCGGGAUUUCCUCCAUUGAGCCAAGCAAGCAUUCCUGCUCCUCCCACAGCCUAGCCUCGAUAGUGGCUGUGAACUCUUCCAGCCCAACACCAGCAUCUGCAGGGCCCUGGGAGACGAGAGCGAUGGAAGAUCCUGGAGCAGCUGGCGACUCUAGUGCUGAAAACCUCUAUAUUCAAGGGAUGGAGCUAUUUGAGGAGGCGCUGCAGAAGUGGGAGCAGGCAUUGACCGUAAGGCAGAGAAACAACACUAGCACUCCAGUUUCUUGGGACAACACAAAACAUGAAGAAACUAUGUCUGAGGAGUUGCCUGAGCAGGAGUCCCAGAAAAAGGAGUUUGCAGAGAAGCUUGAAUCUCUCUUGCACCGGGCAUAUCACCUUCAGGAAGAAUUUGGGUCAACGCUCCCUUCCGACAGCAUGCUGCUAGACCUGGAGAGAACUCUCAUGCUUCCCCUGACAGAUGGGUCACUGAGACUUCGGACAGAUGACGAAGACAGUUUGACUUCUGAGGACUCCUUCUUUUCUGCUGCAGAGCUCAUUGACUCCCUCCAGAUUGGGAAAAUACCUUUUCAGCUUUCCAAGCCAGCAGCUGCAUACGAAGAAGCUCUACAGUUGGUGAAAGAAGGGAGCGUUUCAUGCAGAACACUAAGGACAGAGCUUCUAGGCUGCUACCAUGAUCAGGAUUUCCUGGCAAAGCUCCACUGUGUCAGGCAGGCCUUCCAGGCCCUUCUGCAGGAUGAGAGCAACCAGUUGUUUUUUGGAGAGGUUGGAAAGCAGAUGGUGACAGGACUAAUGACAAAGGCUGAGAAGAACCCCAAAGGUUUUCUGGCAAGCUAUGAGGAGAUGCUACAUUACGCACUGAAGCAAGACACCUGGCCAACCACUCAGCGGGAGCUGGAAGGACGAGGGGUGGUGUGCAUGAAUUUCUUUGAUAUUGUGCUGGACUUCAUUCUCAUGGAUGCUUUUGAGGACCUAGAGAACCCUCCCUCCUCUGUCCUAGCCGUCCUGCGCAACCGCUGGCUCUCAGACAGCUUCAAGGAGACGGCCCUAGCAACUGCCUGCUGGUCAGUUCUGAAAGCAAAGAGGAGGCUUCUAAUGGUACCAGAUGGCUUUAUCUCUCAUUUCUACUCCGUAUCGGAGCACGUCAGUCCUGUUCUAGCCUUUGGUUUUCUGGGGCCCAAACAGCAGCUGUCUGAGGUCUGUGGUUUCUUCAAGCACCAGAUAGUGCAAUAUUUGAAGGACAUGUUUGACCUGGACAAUGUGAGAUACACAACAGUGCAGUUGCUGGCAGAAGACAUUCUGCAGCUGUCACGGCGGCGCAGUGAGAUCCUCCUGGGAUAUUUGGGUAGUGAGACGACCCCAGAGAUGAAUGGGACACUGUCCAGUGAAAAUGGACCCCUGGAGGAGCUCAACUAAUAUUCAAUUAGGGGAGAAAAUCCA